AUGAUGUCUGCAAACGCAGUGGCUAAAGUGAUGAUCAUCCUGCUGGCAGUUUGUCUUCUUACCCAAACAGAUGGGAAACCUGUCAAGAAGAGAGCUGUCAGUGAAAUACAACUUAUGCACAAUCUGGGCAGACACCUGGCCUCCAUGGAGAGGAUUCAGUGGUUGAGAAAGAAGCUGCAAGAUGUACACAAUUUUGUUAGUCUUGGAGUCCAAAUGGCUGCCAAAGAAGGCGGUUACCAGAGGCCCACCAAGAAGGAGGAAAAUGUCCCCAUUGAUGGCAAUCCAAAAAGUCUUGGCGAGGGAGACAAAGCUGAUGUGGAUGUAUUAGUUAAGGCUAAAUCUCAGUAA